AUGCCGAGGACCCCGCGCAAGAGCGAGGUCCUGGCCUCCUCCCUGGUGAGCAGCGUCAACCACGCCCUGGGGAAGCUGCUGGACAUCUGGCACCAGAUCGGCAUCAAGGAGGAGAUGCAGCUGGAGCGCAUGCAGGCCGUCAAGCAGCACAUCGAGGAUCUGUUGAACGAAAUGAUUACAGAGGAAUGCCAGUUAAAGGAAAGAAUCGAAAGCAGCAUUGAACGCCGUAAAAAGGAAUUGACGUCACUGAGAAAUGAACUGUCGCUGGACCCCUACCUGGCUGAAGAGGGUAUAUCCAUCCUUCAGAUGGAGAAAGAUCUACGACUGGCAUUAGACGCUACACUCAAAGAAAAAAAUGAGAGGCUGGAGGAAUUGAAACAACUUCAGCAGCAAGAUGAAAAGCUCUGUGCUGAGCUUUUUGCCACCCCUUACUAUAUACCUACUGGCAGCAUUCCAAGUCGUUUACAGCUGGAAGAGUUAAAGGAACAUGUUCGGAUGCGUUCAGAUGAGAAGAAACAACGUCUGGAAGUUUUUCUCAAACUAAGAAACGAAAUCAGGCAGUAUAAUGAAGAGAUUGGGCACACACCUGAUUCUACUCUUGAAAAAGAGGCGCUCUCUGAUGAUGAGGAACCUUUUUGUCUUACUAAUAAGAACAUUGAAGCUCUUCAAACACUUGUUAAUAAGUUGCAGUUGAAGAAAGAAUCUGUAAUCUCAACACGGGAGGCUCUGAAGGAGAAGGUACGACUUCUGUGGAACAGACUGCGCUGGCCAGUAGAGAAGCAGGAACAAUGUAAAACUAAUAUUAAAGGCUCCAUUACUCAAGAAGUUACCAUGUGGGAAGAAGAGCUGCUGCGUCUGGAGGAACUGAAGAAAGAAAACUUGAAGGGAGUGAUUGGAAAAGUCAGACAGGAGCUUGACCUUUACUGGGAAAAAUGUUUGUAUAGCACAGAACAGAAGUCAGCCUUUCAUCCAUAUUAUGAUGAUAACUUUACAGAAGAUUUGUUGAACCAACAUGAUGAGGAAGUUAUGAAAAUGAAACUCCUUUAUGAGAAAAACAAGGCUUUAUAUGAUGGCAUUGCUAAAUGGGAAGCUACCUGGAAACAGUUCAUGGAGUUGGAGAAAAAAUCCACAAAUCCAAACAGAUUAGUUAACAGAGGUGGCACUCUAUUGAAAGAAGAGAGAGAACGCUCAAAGAUCCACAAGCUGUUAACAAAGUUGGGAGAAGAUCUGAAAAGGAGCAUUGAAAGCUGGGAAAAAGAACAAGGUUGCAACUUCCUGAUCAAGGGUCAAAGGUUCCUGGACUACAUGGCAAAUCAGUGGGAACAGCACAAACUUAAAAAGGAACAAGAGAGAUUGACAAAGAAGGAAGAUUCUGCAGUUCUGAAAACACCCAUGAAAAGGCAUGCUGGCUCAACCACUCAAACUCCCCUUAAGACAAGGAAGUUACAUGGAGUCUCAAAUUUAACUGUGCUGCGGGCAGCCAGCUGCAUCAGUCUGACCAGCACAGGUACUGCAGCUGUUGCCAGAACACCCAUUCCAGUUUGUAAGACACCAUCUAAAAGCACACCACCAGAUUCCCUGCAGCCAGCACGAUUACAAGAGGGCAAAGAAAACCAGCAACCCAGCAAAUCAAACAAUCAAUUCAGCUAUUUAGACUUCACGAAAGAUCUUUCAAAGAAAACUAGCAAUACCAGUGGGAUUUUCAACUCUACAGUAAAUGAGAACAGAUAUUAA